CAAAAACAACAAUGCACGAUAAAACUGGACGCAAUAUGAGCUGAAAGCUUGUUUACGUGUCCGUGCCUUCUUCAUAGCCGAAAAAUCGCCGAAGAAGCAACGCGCACGGCAGGCGGGCAGCGUAUACUGUCUAAGCAAUUGUUUAUCACCGAAACAGGUGUUUCCCUUUAUUAUUAUUUUCUUUUUUUUUUGUUUUUGUUUGGUUUAAACUAUUUUGCCUUUAACUCACGCUUUGCCGGUUCUGAUACCAAAACAGACGCCAAGCGCAAAAUGAAUAUACACGUUAACACCAACACUCUCAAGUACAUUAGCCUGCUGACAUUAACGCUACAGAAUGCGAUCUUGGGUCUCAGCAUGCGCUAUGCCCGCACAAGGCCAGGGGACAUCUUUCUGAGCUCCACAGCGGUGCUGAUGGCCGAGUUCGUCAAGCUGAUCACCUGUCUGGUGCUGGUCUUUAAUGAGGAGGGCAAGGACGCCCAACGGUUUGUACGUUCCUUACACAAGACCAUAAUAGCCAAUCCUGUGGACACGCUUAAGGUGUGUGUGCCGUCGCUGGUUUAUAUAGUGCAGAACAAUCUGCUCUAUGUGUCGGCAUCGCAUUUGGAUGCGGCCACCUAUCAGGUGACAUACCAGCUUAAGAUACUGACCACCGCCAUGUUUGCCGUUGUCAUACUGCGCCGGAGGUUGUUCAACACGCAAUGGGGCGCCCUGGUGCUGCUCGUAUUGGGCAUUGUAUUGGUGCAGCUGGCUCAGACGGAUGGCGGAGGCAGUGGUGGUGCUGGUGAUGACGCUGCUUCCUCAGCGCCAACGGCCACACAUUCUUCAUUGGCGCCCGCUCAGAAUCGUAUGCUGGGCUUAUGGUCGGCACUGGGCGCCUGUUUUUUGUCUGGCUUUGCAGGCAUAUACUUUGAGAAGAUACUGAAGGGCGCUGAGAUUUCCGUAUGGAUGCGCAACGUGCAGCUCAGUCUCCUGAGCAUACCGUUUGGACUGUUGACCUGCUUUAUUAACGAUGCCAGCCGCAUCUAUAACUAUGGUUUCUUCCAUGGCUAUGAUCUCUUCGUUUGGUACCUCGUGCUGCUGCAGGCGGGUGGCGGCCUUAUCGUAGCCGUCGUUGUUAAGUAUGCUGACAAUAUACUUAAGGGAUUCGCCACGUCGCUGGCGAUCAUCAUCUCCUGCAUUGCAUCCAUUUACAUUUUCAAUUUCAAUCUAACGCUACAGUUCAGUGCCGGCGCAAUGCUGGUUAUCGCCUCAAUAUUCCUUUACGGCUAUGAUCCUGCCCGCACUGCCACCAAGCCUGCGCCGCACAAUCUCUCGGUCGAUGAGGAGAAGCUGCUGCCGCGCGUCUGAGACAAUAAUGCAUCCGACUUCAGACCUAAUCCAUGGCAACAAUAUUUUGCCAACAGUAUUGUAUUGAUGUUUGUUUAGUUAUCUCUUUCCUUUGGGCACUUCCUGCCGCCCAUGUGAUGAUCGUUCGUGUACUUCAAUUUGAUAUUUGUACUGUUUUUGAUAUUCCAUGCGGAAAUAUUUCGCAUUCCUACACAACCUCAUACAUUUGUGUGUAUGUAUAUAUAUAUUUACAUUAAGUCCCAUUGAUCGAAUUCAAAAAGGCUCGGGUCCACAUUAUGUAUUUAUAGUUCAUAUAACCUGUGCCAGACCACUCAGUAAAUUUUAUGUGUCGAAUAAAUUCAAAGCAAAAUUUGACCAAGUAAA